AUGCUUAUAAUUAGUGCAAUAGAUAUUGCAAAAACUGUUAUGAUGUUUCUUAAUAAAAUUGUCUCUCAUGAAAUAAAGAAUUUUACAAAAGUAGAUAAAUCCUUAUAAAUUUUGUAUACCCGAUUAAAUAUUAAAAGGAUUUGGGUGACAGAAAAUAUUUUGUAAAACAAACAUCCUUUAAAAUCGUUCUUGAUACAAAGGUUUGGUUUAUGCUUUAGGACCAAGAGAUUCCCUUUGUAUUAUAAUGGAUAUGCAUAUACCUCUUCUCUCAGAAGACGAAAUGAUAUUAUCAGAUGCAUUAUAAAAACUUACUAUUAUUUUACUCUUAUCGUUCAAAUAUACUUGUGUUAGAUUUAUUCUUUAAAUACUUUUUAUACAUGCUAAACCAAAUCAACAAAUCAAAAUUUAUUCUAAGAGGAGGCGAUUGUGGAAUUUCAAAAACUAAUUUUGGUCAAUAAUAAGGCAAAAUGCCAUUCAAACUGA